CUAAUUAAUAAACCUAACUUGCAAUCUAAAUUGUUAAUUAUCCAUUUUACUUUAUUUUUCUUUUUAUUGUUAUCAAAAGAUGAAAAAACAAACUCGCAAACCACCAUUCACACCGAACUUUCAGUGCAUCAAACUUUUGCUUUUUGUCUUUACAUUACCUCCUCUGGUCUAUUAAUAAUGAUUUCUUUGUAUGCAAAGAAAUUACUUCUUCCUCUAAUCACCAAAAGAUGUCAAUGGAGAUCCUUGUUCUUCCAGCCUUUGGGCAGGGCCACCUUCUUCCUUCUCUGGAGCUAUGUAAGCACUUAGCAUCUCUUAAUUUCAAACCCCACCUUGUUAUUUUCUCCAAUCUCUACUCCUUCGUUCCCGUCUCUUUUAUCCAAAACCCUCUCUUUGAAGUUGUACAAAUCCAAUCUGCACCUCCCUCACAAUCCCAAUUCCAUCUUCGAAUGAAAGACGACCAAAACCAACUGGCUUUAGGACUUGAAACUCUCCUUUCAACCCGAACCCAAACAAAUCUACCAGUUUGUGCAAUAGUUGAUGUCCUUGUAAUUUUGAAUUGGACUGUCGACAUUUUCAGAAAAUUCAAAGUGCCUACUGUUGGAUUUUUCACUUCUGGAGCAUGCUCUGCUGCCAUGGAGCACGCAAUCUGGAAAUCCAAUCCGAACACUAUCAAACCUGGCGAUCUGUUUUUACUACAAGGACUACCGGAGGAAAUGGCUCUUACAGAGUCAGAUCUUAAACGACGGCCUGGUGGACCUCACGGUGGCGGCGGCGGCGGCGUCGGAAGUAGUUCAUCAAGCCCAAGUGGGCCGAGAAAAAUGGGCCCACCAAAUCCUGGAGACAGACCACAGUGGAUAGAUUCCGCGGAGGACUCGAUAGCGUUGGUGAUAAAUACUUGUGAUGAACUUGAACGUCCUUUUAUUGAUUACCUUGCAAAUGAAAUGGGAAAACCAGUUUGGGGAAUCGGUCCGCUUUUGCCCGAAUCGUAUUGGAAAUCGGCUGGUUCUCUUGUUCGCGAUGGUGAGAGUAGGUCGAACCGACAAUCUAAUGUCACUGAAGAUGAAGUAAUAUAUUGGUUAGACUCAAAACCACAAAAAUCAGUUUUAUAUGUAGCAUUUGGUAGUUCAACAAGUCCAACAAUGGAGGAGUAUCCUCAUUUAGCUAAUGCAUUAGAAGAAUGGACCGGACCAUUCAUUUGGGCAGUCCAAACAAGUUCAGGUAAAGACGGUUACUUUCCUUCGGGUUUGCAAGAAAAAGUUGGGGAAAGAGGAUUGAUUAUAAGUGGUUGGGCACCACAGUUGUUGAUACUGAGUCACCCAUCAACGGGUGGAUUUUUGUCACACUGUGGAUGGAAUUCUACAGCAGAAGCAAUUGGGCGAGGUGUUCCAUUUCUGGCUUGGCCUAUUAGAGGUGACCAAUAUUAUAAUGCAAAACUAGUGGUGAGUCAUCUGAAGAUAGGUUAUAUUGUUAGUGAUGAUAUGUCAAAAAUGGUUACAAAGGACAAUCUUACAAAGGGGAUAGAAAGGCUAAUGGGAGAUGAAGAAAUGAAAAGAAGAGCUUCUAUCAUGUCCACUAAAUUUGAAGAUGGAUUUCCAUCAACUUCUUUAGGUUCUUUGGACGCUUUCAAGAAUUUCAUUCACCAAAAGAAUUGGUUAACUUGUUAAUUUAACGAGUAGUUUGUUAAUUUAUAUGGUACACUGAACUUUCUAAAAGAUUUAUUAUGUCUUUAAUUUAUUAAUUUUAUUAAUAUUUGACACCU